ACACUGUCAUUUCAUAAUAAUAAUGCCAAUAGUUAAAUGUCGGCUAAUUGUCAAACAAAUGCUGUGCUGCGUUAAUAAACGCUGUUUUUUUAUAAUUUCGCGAUAAUUUUGUUAUAAACCAUUAAUUAUUGUAAUAAUAUCCAUAAUUUAGUAAACAAUUUGUUAUGUUACAACUAUUACCAUACGUUGUAUGUGACAUUUGAGCACAAAAAAUUAACUGUAAAGAACAUUUUUUUAAAUGAGUACGGCAGAGGGAACCAGUGAAACCGGAAAUAACAAUGAAGAAAACAUGACUGAUAAUGAUAAUGGGAACACCAUGCAAAACACUGAUAAAGAACUAACAAAUCAAGAACUUGACCAAAUUAUUCAAAAUAUUACUAUGGCAGGCUCUGCAGAUCAAAUGUCCAAUUUAACUAAUGCUAAAGAAAAUGACGCAGUUAAAGAUGUCCUAACUGGGUCACUUAAUAAUGGAAGUGAUAGCCAUGAUGAGGAUAUACUGCUUAGAUGGGAUGAUGAUGAAGAUGACCUAGUUACUGAACAAAGAAAAAUGGAUGAUAUGAUUUUCCAAGAGAUUCAAGACUACAGUGAUCAAAUUGUUGGUAGUAGUAAAACUGAAACUGAUCUUUUGUCUGAUGUAAAUCAAUCUAAUAAUGGGAACAUCAUCACUAACAUUAUAGAAAAUUUUGUCUCUGAUGAACCUGAUGAUUCAAUAAUGGAUGAAGUUUUAUCUGAAAGUGAGCAAAACAUCCAUAGUCUUGAAAAUGAACAUAUUUCUUGUACAAAUAAUGAUGACAUGAAUAUGCUAAAUAAUUUUGUUAGCAUUGGUAGCCUGACUUCUGAUCAUCCAAAUAAUAAUGAAAAUACUUCUAAAACUGAUGAUGAAUGUGAAAAUCUCAUUUCCAGCAGUGAGCUAAUAUUAAAUCCUUCAUCAUAUAAUGUUUGUGCUCAAAUUGAGGAAAAUCACAUUAUUGGUUGUAGCACUUCUAAGAUUAAUGAAGAUACUAAUAUUGAUAGAAGAAUUGAUGCAUCUCCACUGGAGGCAGGUAUCGAUACUGAUGCCACUAGUAUUAUCGAUGAAACUAAAUUAACAUGCCUAGUAAAAAGCAAAGUUGAUGAAGCCUUAAAGGAACUAAAACAUGAGUCACAAGAAAAUUAUGACUCUGAACAAGAAGAAAAAUCGUGUGAGGCAAAUAUAAAAUUUUUAGCACAACAGCUCAAAGUUCUUUCACAGAGUAUCAACACCAAUGUACUAACACCGGAUGCUUUAGAUGAUAUAGUUAAGACAGAACCAUCGAAUGAUUCGUGUAAAACUGUAUUUGAAAUAAAAUCUCUCGCAGCGACUUUAUCAGAUAAUGACGACUGUUCAGUUACAGAAACACAACUAAGUCUAGAUAAUAAUGUAGUCAUAGCAACUCAAAGUAACGAUCAAGUAAAAAACAAUGAACAUUCUACUGAAUGCAAAAUAUUUGAAAGAGUUACAGGCACAGUAAUAGAAGCAGACCUCAAAAGUGACAGUCGUGAUGAGGUUGAAGAAAAUGAGAAACCAGACGGAGAUAAAAUUAUUGAAAAUGUUGUGUCUAGUUGUGUUGAAGAAAAUGUUGUAAAAGAUACAAAAAAAGACAAAAUCAGUGGCAAUCAAAAUAUAACAAUUCCAGAUGAUAAAUCCAUUGAAAACAGUACAGAGUUAGAAAUGGAUGUAGAUGAAAAAGUUGAUGGUGAACAAAAUGAUAAAAUUCUUACUGAAACAGAAAUGAAUCAAAGUGUUGAUUCUAGCACUGAUAAGAAAAAUACAGUAAAAGACACGGAAAUUAAUAUUAGUUUGGGAUCCGACCAAAGAAAACCUUCAUCUGAAGAAGAAAUUAUUGAGAUGGAAACUAAUAAUACCCCACAGGGAAUACUCAAAGAAUCCGAAAUGAAUUUAUCAGAUGACAUGGACGAUGAUGUAGUGGAAAUCAUAGAAAAGUGUGACAAUUAUAUUGAUCUAAGGUCGCAAUCUCCUAUAAGUGUGGAUAAUGACACUUUAGAUGAUUCAGAAAAACCUGACGUUUCAGAUUCUAAAAAUCCUGCUGCAGAUGAUACUUCAGGUGAAAGUGAUAAAACCAAAUCGACGAUGAAAGAUUCUUCGAAUUAUUAUGCUAUUAAAACAGAUUAUAGAUUAAAACCUGACGUAAUGCUUGAAAUACCCAUGCAAAAUUUAAUAGAUGUUGAUGAUAUCGAUGGAUCUAUAGAGAUAGAUUCAGAAGAAACUAGUCAAGAUUCGGUAAAUAAAAUAACUGAAGUUACAAACAAAGACCUUGAAAAGAAUACAAAUGUUUUAUGCAAGGAAGAAAAGAAAAAUUCUCCAGAAAAAGAUGUUAAAAAUGUAGAUAUGCUUAAAAUUGAUGUAGAAAAUGCAAUGAAAGCAUUAGUAGAUGAUAAAAGUAUAAAAACAGAAAAUGAAUCACUUCUAGAACCUGCAAAUACAGUCAAAAUAGAAUCAAAUGCCACAAUAAAAAAAGAAAACGUGAAAAAAGAAACCUUAAAAAGUGAUGAAAAUUUUAUUAAUUUAUAUGAUGAUAUUAAUCUUAAAAAUGAAGAUUCUGAACAAAACGAAGAAAUAAAAUUAGAAGAAACAACUAGUCAUAUACCAGAUAUGAGUAAAGCCGUGGAAAAGGACACUACACAGCCAUCAGGUUAUGAGACAAGAAUGACUCCUGAUACAGCCGAUGAGGCACCAGAAGUGUCUGACAGCCUUGGACUAUUAGCUGAGUCCUCAAGAGUUAGAAGAGAAGAUGAAGAUAUGGAAGAAGAUGAUGAUGAUGAUGACGAUUACGAUCAAGAUGACGAAAGUAGCAAUCAAAUGACAGCAGAACACUCGGAAGACUCGAAUGCUCAAAACUCAGAGCCAGACUCGAAAGAUCAAGAAGAUAAAACUGAGGAUACAGAACGCCCUUUCAGCUUUGAAAAAUCUAGUAACGAUGUCCAUGAAACUGCUGCUGAGGUAGUUGUUGCAGAAACUGUCGCAAGAGAAGAGGUCAGUUCAGUUGAUGCAUCUAGUCAGGAAAUCAGCAAAGAAAAUACAGCUAUGGAGACAUGCGAAGAACUGACGAAAAAGGAUGACGGAGUCACAAUACCUACAACGGAUGAGGAGACGGUAAAACCAUCCGAAACGACUGUUACCGACCCCGAUGCCUCUAGCAAGGAAAAGGAUGCGGAGAAAUCGACACCAUCGAAAGAUGAUAAACCAGAGGGAAAAUCUCCAGAGAAAACCAAACAAUCCCCAGGCAAGACUAUGAAGUUGCAAAUUGCGAAACAGAGGCACAUACUCAACAUUGUCGACCUCGAGGAGAGCAGUUCUUCCGAGGAUGAAGUACAAAAACAACCAGCGGAAGAUACAUCGGAGCCAAUGAAGCUUGACGAUGCUGCGCCGAGUGACGUCACGAGUGUCAACAUCCCGACAGGGAUAGAGAUCAUGUCGACAUCCGGCGGGAACACGUCCGAGAUCGUCACCAAAGAGGGCGAGGUGGUGAUACAGGGUGUGCCGAAACCACCUCCGCAUAAACCUGCACGACUGAAUACCUCUGAAGUGACUAUCAAGACUGCCCACGCGUCUACUGAAUCAACGCUUAUAAUCCCUGAAACUAAAAUGUCGGAAUCAACGGCGCCUAUAUCGAGGCUUGGUUUGGAGAUAUUCAAUUUGGAUUCGGACGAUGACGACAUCGGUGGGAGUGGGAAAGCGCUGGGCGGUGGGCAGAAACUCAGUGCGCUGGAGCUGGACGCGGCGCUGCGCUCGGGGCGGUGCUUGCGGCGCGGCUGCGGCGCGGGCGCGGCGGGCGGUGCGGCGGGCGGCGCGCUCGCGCACUACUGCGAGCCCUGCGCGCGCGCACACCAGCAGCGCACGCAGAGUCUGGUGGAAGGCAUAAAGAACAUGACACCACUACUGGACCUGAAUAUGGAGAAACUGUCCCAAGACCUGGUGGAAAUAUCCGACUCCGAUUCGGAUAACGAAACGCAGGAACCGAAGGAGACCAUAGGGGAGGCGGGGGCUACGAUACUGGAAGAGAAGCUGGCCGACAUGAUCAACAGCAUGUGGCGUAAAUACAAGAUGGAUUCCAGCCUGCAGGACGCCAAGGUGCUACUCAAUGCAGAGAUGGAGAGACUCGAUAACGAGAGCAAAGAGAUAAACAAGAUGCUGAACGAUUGCCAAACGGCGACGGACAAGCUUCGCAACAAGUUCUACUCCACCUUCGAGCCGAAGAGGCAGGAGUUAGCCGCGAUAUCUAUAUACGACAUUAGUGAUGGAGUCUUCAUACGUGCCGAGACUGAUCCCGCCCCUGUACAAAUUAAUGAUGUUAGACAAGGAAAACGUCGUCUGUCAGCCGCUAGCAUGCAGCCGGCUAAGAAGCCAGCCAUACCGUUGGGAUAUACACCGCUGGAGCCAGAACCGGUUUUGCGUUAUAUAGAUCAGGAUACAUCCAUGCUCAUACUCGGGGAACAUUCCAGCAAAUUUGAGGAUGACAAAGAAGUAUCAGUAGUGCAGCUGUCAGUGGAGUCGGCGCCGGCGGACCUGCCGCCGCCGGGCGAGCCCAAGCGACCCCCGCUGAAGGUCGGCAUGCACGUGUACGCGAUGAGGAACGCGUUCGGCUCCUGGUCUAAAGCGAAGAUACUUGAUGCCAUAAAGAUGCCGGUGCCGAGUAAUCAGUUCCCGUCGUUUCGCGUGAAGUUUGAACACAAGCUGAAGAACCCGUGCAAGGUGCUCUCGGCCAGGUGUCUGGCGUACAUAGACGUCGCUGAAGUCAGGCUCACAAUAGGUACGAGAGUGAUAGCGCUGUUCAGAGACGCGGCCAACCAGAAAAAGACCGAAGCUUAUUAUUCCGGUAUAAUUGCUGAAAUACCAAACCCGGUGAAUAACUUCAGAUACCUGGUGUUCUUCGACGACGGGUACGCGCAGUACGCGUCGCACGCGCACACGCGCGUGGUGUGCGCGAACGCGGCGCCGGUGUGGGAGGAGGUGCAUCCGUUCUCGCGCGAGUUCGUGCGCAACUACCUCUGCGCAUACCCCGAGCGGCCCAUGGUGCGGCUGCACGCUGGACAGCGGCUCAACACCGAGUGGAAUGGCAAAUGGUGGGAUUCUCGCGUGGUGCAAGUUGACGCGUCGCUCGUCCAAGUGCAUUUCGAAGAGGACAACAGGACCGAGUGGAUCUACCGAGGGUCCACCAGGCUGGAGCCGCUGUUCUUGGAGCUGCAGGCGGCUGUCAGGCAUAGAGGGCGCCACCUGCCCAGAAGUAAAGCACAACUUAGGACUAACAUGCCGUAUGUGGAAUACACGCGCUCGUACGAGCAGGACAGGACUGCGGAUGCGCAACAAGAGGAGCUGCGUCGCCAGCGCGCCGUGGCGAAGAAGUCGACAGCGGCGGGCCCCGCGCCCCCCGCCGCCUCCGCCCCCGCGCCCGCACUCCCGCACGCCGCCGACCAGUACCACAGCAGGGUCGUCUACUAUACUCCAAGAAUGGCGGUGCGUCCGUACAAGAUGGUGCCUCACACGUGCGGGCCCAAGUGCAAGAGGAGCGACGUGCUCUCGCUGAAGGACUUGCGCUCCUACAACCCGCUCGCCAAACCGCUGCUCAGCGGCUGGGAGAGACAGCUGGUGCGUCACAAGGGCGGGUCGGCGGUGCUGUACCGCUCGCCGUGCGGGCGGCGCCUGCGCAGCGCGGCCGAGCUGCAGCGGUACCUGCGCCUCACCAACAGCGACGCGCCCGUCGACCUCUUCGACUUCAACCCCGACACGCACUGCCUCGCGGAGUUCGUGCUCAGCAAGUGUAUCGUCGGCAAAAAGGACCUGUCGCACGGCAAGGAGAACGUGCCGGUGCCCUGCGUGAACAGCGUGGACGACUCGCUGCCGGAGUUCUGUUCGUACAACACGGAGCGCACGCCCACGGCCGGCGUGCCGCUCAACCUCGACCCGGAGUUCCUGUGCGGCUGCGACUGCACCGACGACUGCGAGGACAAAACAAAGUGCGCCUGCUGGAAGCUGACGCUGGAGGGCGCCAAGACGAUAGGCCUAGAGGGAGCGAACGUGGGCUAUGUGUUCAAGAGGCUGCCCGAACCAUUACCGUCAGGCAUUUACGAGUGUAACGUUAGAUGUAAAUGCAAGGCUACAUGUUUGAACCGUGUCGCGCAACAUCCGUUGCAGCUCAAGUUGCAAGUGUUCAAGACUCCGAACCGCGGCUGGGGUAUCCGCGCGCUCAACGACGUGCCCAAAGGCGCCUUCCUGUGCGUGUACGCAGGGAAUCUGCUCACCGACGCCACCGCGAAUUUGGACGGUCUGAACGAAGGCGAUGAAUAUCUAGCUGAAUUGGAUUAUAUAGAAGUGGUGGAACAGAUGAAGGAAGGGUACGAGGAAGAUGUGCCGGAAGCCGACAAAAUAUUGGACAAGAAGGAGAGUAAGAAGGAAGACGAGAAGACCUCGUCUGAUGAGGAGGCGUCUUCUGAGGAAGACGAGAAGGUGUCCAAAGACGAAGAGCAGGACGACGACUUCAGACCGGGGUACAUUGGGCUCGGCGUCAUGGAGUUUAACAAACGAUUGCGCAAGCGCGCCAAAAAGAAGACCAAGAAGAGAAGAAAAAACGAAGAUCCAGAGAAGAAAGAAGAGAAGCCAAUUUCGAAGGAAGAGAAUGCGGAUGAAGAUUGUAUCACUAUUAGUGACGAUGAAGAAGUGAGGGAACCUUCCAGAUUCACCGCACAGGCUGGUAUGGGUGCAAAUGAAUAUGUACCCAAAUACAGGUCGGUGCGCGCGCACUUCGGCCGAGACGAGGCGUGCUACAUCAUGGACGCCAAGGUGCAGGGCAACAUCGGACGGUACCUCAACCAUUCCUGCUCGCCCAACGUUUUCGUGCAGAACGUGUUCGUGGACACGCACGACCCGCGGUUCCCGUGGGUGGCGUUCUUCGCGCUGAGCCACAUCCGCGCCGGCACCGAGCUCACCUGGAACUACAACUACGACGUGGGCUCCGUGCCCGGAAAGGUCCUGUAUUGUUACUGCGGAGCACCCAAUUGUCGCAGACGGCUUUUGUAAAGGGCCUUUGAAGUGGAAGACAUCGUGCAGAGCCAGGAUACGUGGAUACAAUGGCUAUUAAGCAAACAUUUAUAAAAUUGGCACAAGUAAGAAAAGGGCAAGGCGAAGAUGGGCGACGGAGUUAGUUAAUGUUUUUUUAUCGAAUACUAGUUAAAUUUGUACAAAUACAAUAUGUAUUAUUCGUAAGUUAAAAUGUCAGCCACCACAAUGAUAUUGAGCAAUGCUGGUCUGUAUUUAGCUAAUAUUAGUACAAAUAAAAGAAGCUUGUUACUAUCACUGCUUUGUUACGCGUUAUAUGAACGCGACGGUGUUUGUACGCUAACUUACUUAAGUAGUAUGAAAUCACAUGUUCAUUUGCAAUAUGUGCAAAAACCCGCACAAUAAUAGUUGAUCGUAGUAGACAGCUCAGCUACGCACAAUUCGGCUUGAUAUUGCUUAAUUAGCUUCGUACACUAUACUGGGUCAUUUAACAUUAUCAAAUAAAACCACAUACUCGUCUUUACCUCUGUUAACAUUGUACCAAAAAUCAUCCAUUUAUAAAGAAUAUUUUUACUAAAAAUCCUUAUUUAUUUUUCUGCUUGUUUGUAGUUUAGUGAAUAUGGCGUGUGCGUGAGCGCAUGUCUGACUGAAAGUGUUAUUUUGCCGCUGCACCGAAUUCUCUUAGAGUAACAGAAGUGGCAUUAAAGCGUAUAGAAGUUUAAUUACAUUUUGUUCGAAACCACACUUUAUUUUACAUCGACUGUAGUGUUAUUUUCAAGAAAAGUAUGUGGUUUUACUUAGUAAGGUAAUUUCAAAAACCCUGUAUAUUGUUUUUAAAGAUCUGGUAAGAAAUUUAAUAAAUUCUAUAUAUUAGUAUGUAAGGGAAUACAUUGCCAAGUAAAUUUGUAGUCCACGAUUAGUCGCCGCGUCUAAUAUCAAUUAGAAGGCCUUAUUGUAUUUAAUAAGUGUACGGUGCAACCGUACAAAUUUGCACUCUCAGCAAUUUAUUCUAUUACGCAAAUAUCGAUACUUCUAGCUUCAGUUCGCGUACCGCUGAGCAACAAGCCGCGCGUGCUCAUAUCAAGCAAUUAUCAAUAAACAAUCAGUCUCAUCCCAUCAUUAACAUUUUAUAGUGUUAAGUUUAUAUCAAUAAACUGUCGUUCAUUUAUAUCAAGUGUUGUUCUUUAUCAUAUCAUCAUCAAAACAAACUAUAAGGUGUAUGGUGCUGAACCUAGACCGUACAUCUUUUUGGUCCUUCGAGCCGGAUAGCAGAUCAUUAGCAGCAGGAUUCAUCAGUCUUCUUUGUCGGAGACAGCACGACCAUCAGAUAUUCAAAAAACAUUGCUCUAAAUGCUACUGAUGUAGCCGACCAUCAUAGAAGGUUGUCAGCUAUUGAGAAACAAAUAAAUAAUAUGAAGCAAGAAGUGCCAAUUUUGAAUGAUGUAUCAAGUCAUGAUAUUCAUCAUUAUGCUGCUAUAUAUAUUAUUGUGGUGAUAUUGGCAUUGGUUGGUGUAGCAGCCGCAUGGAGACAGUUCCAGAAGUGCCGGCGCAAAGACGUCACGUCGAGACCAGCUAUCCAGCCGGGCGUGUCCUGGUCGGGUCGUCGUCGUGAUAGUGAUAGUGUAGUGAGUGUUGUGAGUGAUAACACAAUAAGUGCAAGUGUCGAUAAGGCUACAUCGCCUAUUGUGAGCAAAA